UUUAAUGCGAGGGGCGGCCUCCAUUUUGGGGUCGCCGCUUCUUUCUCGUCUUCCUCCUCGCAAUUGCAGAAAGGCAGCAGCAGGGCAGGGUGCUGGAAGGAGUUUGUUUCUGGUUGAGGCUGUCAUCUCCCAGCUUCUUCCAACGGUUCGGCUGGCUGGGAGGCCAACGGAGAGGACGGGGAUAUCAAUGGUGUCGGUGAUGUGAUGUCCGGUUCGUGAUCGCUUGGUUACUUGGCUUCUUCUUGCAGCUGUAGACCUGCAGUUCCAGACAGCUUCUCGAUCGAUUCGUUGUUGCUUCAGGAACAGCCAUGGACACAAGGAACCGAGCACCUCCGUUGGUUGACAGCUCUGCAUGCUUUUGCCGGGUGGACAGAUCAUCCGCCACCGCCGCCGCCGCAGCGGCGGCGAGGCGAAUCCCGGUGUCCAAGGCGUGCGUGCAACCGAGCCUCAGGGCGUCCAUCCACCCGCUCAAGCCGCGGCCUGCCGCAGGCGCCGACCGGAGCAGCCGCGGAGGGCAGUGCCCGCUGCUCCCGGGCCUUCCGGAUGACCUCGCCAUUGCCUGUCUCAUCCGGGUGCCCAGAGCCGACCACUGGAAGCUGAGGCUGGUGUGCCGGAGGUGGUGCCGCCUGCUCGCCGGCAACUACUUCUACGGCCUCCGCCGUCGGCUCGGGCUCGCGGAGCAGUGGCUGUACGCCGUGAAGCGCGACGGCGGCAGGGACGGGCACGGAGGGCGCGUGUCGUGGGACGUGCUGGACCCGUCGCGCGGCGCGUGGCGCGCGCUGCCGCCCGUGCCGCGCGAGUACGCGGAGGCCGACGGGUUCGGCUGCGCCGUGCUCGGCGGCUGCCACCUGUACCUGCUCGGCGGCACGGACCCGCGCAGGGGCGGCGGCGGCGCCAUGCGGCGGGUGGUGUUCUACAGCGCCCGGAGCAACCGGUGGCACCGCGCGCCGGACAUGCUCCGCCGCCGGCAGUGCUUCGACGUGUGCGUCAUGGGCAACCGCCUGUACGUCGCGGGCGGCGAGAGCGGCAGCGGCGGCGGGCUCAGGUCCGCCGAGGUGUUCGAUCCGGUCAAGAACCGGUGGUCCUUCGUGGCUGAGAUGGCCGCGCCGAUGGCGCCGUUCGUCAGCGCGGUGCACGGCGGGCGGUGGUACGUGAAGGGUAUAGGCGCGCAGCAGCAGGUGCUGAGCCAGGCGUACUCCCCGGAGGCCGACGCGUGGUCCGUCGUCCUCGACGGCAUGGUCACCGGGUGGCGGAGCCCCAGCGCGUGCGUCGACGGCCGGCUCUACGCUGCCGACUGCAAGGACGGAUGCCGGUUGAGGGCCUACGACGAGGCCGCGGACGCGUGGACCACCUGCGUCGACAGCAAGCAGCACCGAGGGAGCUCCCAGGCGGCGGAGGCGGCCGCCAUUGUCGCCCUCCACGGAAGGCUCUGCAUCGUCCGCGACGACAUGAGCGUCUCGGCCGUCGACGUCGCGCCCGGGGCAGGAAACCAGCGGUGGCAGACCCUCGCCGGCAAAGCACAUACCAAGAGCUUCGUCACGGGCCUGUUGGCCAACCUCGCUGGCCGCAGGCGCGCCAAGAACAACAUCCUCCAUUGCCAAGUUCUUGAGGCCUAGCUGAUGACUUGCUGGUUGCUGCUCUAUGAGUUAUGCUUAGAAGUUACUAGAAUCAUACACUGAAAAGUAUGUGAGAAAAAUUGAGAAAUCUCCAUGUUUGCUCAAGAGUACUCCUAAAAAAGCGAGAAUUAUAGGCAUCUGAAGGAUGUGAUCGUUGUACAAAUACAGUUUAUAUGAUAUACAGUAUACAGAUUGGUAUGAUCAGCUUCGGUAUGAUCACAUAUUCACAUUA